GUGUUUUAAUCUGUGCUCGUGAGGCUUGUGUGAGUUCUUACUUUGCUCUGAAAAGUGAUUUGUUCGGCGUAAUUAUUGUAGUGUGUAUUCCAUAAGUGCUUUUACAUUAUAUGAAGUGUUGAAUAUUUUCAUCUGUAUGGGAACCUCUACUUCCAGAAGAAUGGACGAUAGUGAUUCUCGAUCACGAUCGGAUGAUAGUUCUGAUCAAGAUUCUGACUUAGCUACCAUCUUGCAAUAUCUUAUACGAAGUGGUCAAGUCCACAUUAUUUCAUCUGAUCGAGAUGACAGUGAAGAUGAAUUUGUGGCUGCUGCAAGUCCACCCAGGAUGAUGGAUUUGCGGCCUAAUACAAAAGAACUUGAUAAAAGUGAGGUUAGCUUGGUCACUCAGCAAGCAUGUGGCCUUGUACAUUCCAGUGGACAUGAACGUCCAAACUCCAUUGCAGCAAUGAUUAAUGCCAGGGAGAUAGGGAUGUUUGGCCGAAGUUCCUUCACCCGAGGAGAUUGCUGUAAGAUCACCAACAAUUACAUCCCUAACAAGAUGAAGACUGUAGCUACAUAUCACAGUAAAGCUUUUUGUGGGACAUAUUCAAAAGAUGGCAACUACUUUCUGAGCGCUUGUCAAGAUCGUAACCUGAGAUUGUAUCAUACUACUGAAGGCAAGUUUGAACUGUUCAGAACAAUUCAAGCUCAAGAUGUGGGUUGGAGUGUCCUGGAUACAGCGUUUAGUCCAGAUGGAAACUACAUUGUUUACUCCAGCUGGUCCGAAUGCCUUCACCUCUGUCGACUGUAUGGAGACUCAGAAAAUCAGGAUGCUCUUCCACUAUGUCCUGAGGAACGACGCUUUUGUAUCUUUUCAUUAGUGUUUUCAUCAGAUGGGCGAGAAAUUUUGGGGGGAGCCAAUGAUGGUUUUCUCUAUGUGUAUGAUAGAGAAUGCAACCAAAGAGCUUUAAGAAUAGAGGGACAUGAUGAUGAUGUAAACACAGUUGCAUUUGCUGACAGCACGUCACAGAUUUUGUACAGCGGUGGAGAUGAUGGCUUAUGCAAGGUGUGGGACAGGCGGACUCUGAGUGAGUUAAACCCAAAGCCUGUGGGUGUCCUUGCUGGCCACAUGGAUGGUGUAACAUAUAUUGAUCCUCGUGGAGAUGGCCGUCACCUAAUUUCCAAUUGUAAAGACCAGAGUAUAAAACUGUGGGAUGUGCGAGUGUUUUCUGGGACAAGUGGUCAAAAAAACACCCGCAAGGCUGUUGCUGAUCAGACGUGGGAUUAUCGGUGGCAAAAAGUACCUAAGAAGUUGAGCAACCUAAAGAAAAACCUGGAGGGAGACACAUCUGUGAUGACAUACCGAGGUCACUGUGUUCUUCAGACUCCUGUGAGAUGUCACUUCUCACCAGAGUUCACCACAGGACAGCGUUACAUUUAUACAGGUUGUGCAGCUGGGAGAGUAGUCAUUUAUGAUGUCCUUACGGGUAAAGUGCACAGUGUGUUGUCUGGACAUAGGGCUUGUGUUUGAGAUGUAUCGUGGCAUCCGCACAGACAGGAACUCAUAAGUACAUCGUGGAUGGAACACUGGGGAAAUGGACCUACUCAGGGAAGACAAAAUUGGACUUGGAGGAUGAAGAUGUAGAUACCUUAUACCCAUCAGACCAAGGUUCAAGAGGUCUGCGUCGUAGCCGUCGUAUUGCCCAACAGCGGGAAAGACAGCAAAAGCUACAAGAUGCCCCUGAACAGAAACAUACGACAAGCUUUUGACUCAUGUGACCAGUGAACCAGGUUAGAAUGACUGAAGCAAUCUGGUAUCUGUGAAACAUCCCAACAUUUGCUCAAAAGCAGGAUGAUGCAGUAUUGAACAGAUGGUGUUUCCAUGGAUGUAAGAGUGGCUGUAUAGCUACUGCUGCUUGUCGAGAGUGACUUACCCAUUUACUAGUCUGUACUGUGUAACUCCAAAUAGUUACCUAUCAUAAACACUGCACAAGUUAAUUUUUGUAACAAUGCAAAAGCUUGUUUGUGUUCAAGUUACAGGUUGUUGGAAAUAUAUUUGUGAUAAUAAUUUGUAUGAGAUUACAGAAUAUGUUAGGAGUGUGUAGUGAUGACUAACUCCAGUCACCACUCUUGAGUGCUGUAUUUAUUUAUUUGUGAUUUGUUUUUUUGUGGAAGGAAUAUUAAAUCAACAAAAAAUUA